UUUCAAAACCUCGACAAUAUUACGCGUAAACUCUGAUGAACUUUCCAGAGAAAUAACAGAGGGGAAGAAGAAAAAGGAAAAGGGAUUUUUCUUAACUGUUUCACGAGGAAAUGAAAUUCGGAAAAUCUGAGUUAACAGGAAUGUGGAAUUGAUCCUUCAGCAUUUCCGGACUCGAUGUUGUAUUUGACGUUGAAAUGGAGUUUGCAUGGAAAUGCUGAAGAAAAAUAGUAGUAAACUUAUUCUAGAGUUGAGGGGCUUUGUGAUUUUUAUAAGACAGUAGGAUGGAAAAGAAAAGAGUGGAGGAACAAGAGGGAGUACCUGUUGCACUGCCUAAAGUUGAUAGAUUUGGAUUUGUAAAGCAGGAAACUAGUGCUACUGAUGGGCCAACAAAGAGUAGAUCAGCCUUGGAACACGAGAGGGAAGAAAGAAGAAUUAGAAAAUGGAGAAAGAUGAUAGGGGUUGGGGGAAGUGAUUGGAAGCAUUAUGUUCGGAGGAAGCCUCAUGUUGUCAAGAGGAGAAUAAGGAAAGGAAUUCCGGAUUGUCUACGAGGACUUGUCUGGCAAUUAAUAUCUGGCAGUCGGGACCUUCUGCUUAUGAAUCCAGGAGUCUACGAGCAACUAGUCAUCUACGAGACAUCUGCUUCGGAGCUAGAUAUUAUCAGAGAUAUUUCUCGCACAUUUCCUUCACAUAUUUUCUUCCAACAGAGACAUGGUCCAGGGCAAAGAUCCCUUUAUAAUGUUCUGAAAGCAUACUCCGUCUACGACAGAGAUGUUGGCUAUGUGCAGGGCAUGGGAUUUGUGGCAGGUCUGUUGCUUCUCUAUAUGAGUGAAGAAGAUGCAUUUUGGUUAUUGGUAGCGCUAUUAAAAGGAGCCGUUCAUGCUCCUAUGGAAGGAUUAUAUUUGGUUGGACUGCCUCUUGUACAGCAAUAUCUUUUUCAGUUAGACCAUUUGGUCAAAGAAUACUUACCAAAGUUGGGAGAGCAUUUUGCCCAAGAAAUGAUCAAUCCUAGCAUGUAUGCAAGCCAGUGGUUCAUAACGGUUUUUUCAUACUCGUUUCCAUUCCAUUUAGCUCUUAGGAUUUGGGAUGUCUUUCUUUUUGAGGGUGUUAAAAUUGUAUUUAAAGUUGGUUUAGCUCUGUUGAAAUACUGCCAUGAUGAUCUGGUAAAGUUACCUUUUGAAAAACUUAUACAUGCACUACGUAACUUUCCCAAUGACGCCAUGAACCCUGAUAUGUUACUACCAAUGGCCUACUCAAUUAAGGUCUCAAAGCGAUUGGAGGAACUGAAGGAGGAAUAUGAGAAAGAAAACGGCAAGCUAUCUGACCGUAUUAGACAGAAGCUGCAGCCAUCUUGAAUGAUGCCAAUGCACCCUGCUACUGUGGGGCUGGGCAAACUUGUGAAAUAGUAAUUGAUUCUUUUAUUCUUAGCUGGUCUUAACCAGUUCAUCUACGGGAUUGUACAUAGAACCCUGCAAAUGAGCCAAAGGAGUUUUUGAUUUCCGUCUUUUUUUUUAACCUCUAGUUAGCCUGUAAUUUUACAUGAAUUUAGAUGCUUGUAUAGAACUGGAAUUGUGGUUGUUAAUGAAGAGAGGAAAAUGCCAUCA